AUGAAGAGCUCAUCAUCAUCAUCAUCAGCAGCAGCAGCUGCUGCAACAGAGGAAGUAGUGAUGGAGAUAGAAGCCCACAAGCCACAAGGCAACGGUCUUGUUAUUGGAGGGCUUAGCCCUUUGAGCGAAAGCCUGUGGAAGGAGAGAACCGACACUGAAUUUGUGGGUGACGUGUCGGCCAGGCUGGCUUGGAAAGAUCUAACGGUAACUGUCACUCUCACCAAUGGAGACACUCAGAAUGUUCUGGAGGGACUGAGUGGGUAUGCCGAGCCUGGAUCGUUUACUGCGCUCAUGGGCCCUUCCGGAUCAGGAAAAUCCACGCUGCUCGAUGCCCUUUCCGGACGCCUUGCUGCCAAUGCAUUCCUUUCAGGCGCCAUUCUGCUCAAUGGCCGCAAGGCCAAUUUAUCGUUUGGGACAGCUGCCUAUGUAACGCAAGAUGACAACUUGAUCGGCACCCUGACGGUUCGUGAAACAAUAUCAUACUCUGCCCGGCUCAGGCUUCCGGAUAGAAUGCCGUGGGUAGACAAACGGGCACUGGUCGAGAGCACAAUCAUCGAGAUGGGACUUCAAGAUUGUGCGGACACAGUCAUCGGGAAUUGGCACUUGCGUGGUGUCAGUGGUGGAGAAAGAAGACGAGUUAGCAUUGCUGUCGAGAUCCUGAUGAGGCCAAGGUUACUUUUUCUCGAUGAGCCCACCAGCGGUCUAGACAGCGCAUCAGCAUUUUUUGUGACCCAGACAUUGCGUGGGCUGUCCAGAGACGGACGCACAGUGAUAGCCUCUAUUCACCAGCCCAGUAGUGAAGUUUUUGAGCUGUUUGACCGAUUAUACUUACUUUCUGGUGGAAAAACUGUUUACUUUGGUCAAGCUUCCGAAGCAUAUGAGUUUUUUGCUCAAGCUGGCUUUCCAUGUCCAGCUUUACGGAACCCUUCUGAUCAUUUCCUCCGCUGCAUUAACUCUGAUUUUGACAAGGUUAAAGCAACACUAAAAGGAUCAAUGAAAAUACGGUUUGAGGCUACUGAUGAUCCUCUGGAAAAAGUAACCACAACAGAAGCUAUUCGGACGCUGGUUGACUCUUAUCGUGCUUCCCAGUAUUGUUAUUCAACAAAAGAAAGGAUUGAGGAUAUCUCCAAAAUUAAAGGGACUGUGCUAGAUUCUGGAGGGAGCCAAGCAAGUUUCUUCAUGCAGGCUAUUACCUUAACCGCACGCUCAUUCGUUAAUAUGUCAAGAGACUUUGGUUACUACUGGCUGAGGCUUGUUAUCUACGUCGUGGUCACAAUUUGCAUUGGAACCAUUUACUUGAAUGUCGGAACAAGCUACAAUUCAAUCCUGGCAAGGGGUGCAUGUGCAUCUUUCGUCUUUGGUUUUGUGACUUUUAUGUCGAUUGGUGGAUUCCCUUCAUUUGUGGAAGAUAUGAAGGUUUUCCAAAGGGAAAGACUUAAUGGGCACUAUGGUGUGACUGCCUUUGUGAUCAGUAACACCUUGUCUGCAAUGCCAUUUCUGAUAUUAAUCACCUUCAUAUCCGGUACUGUGUGCUACUUCAUGGUUCGCUUACACCCGGGCUUGUCGCACUAUUUAUUCUUCGUAUUGUGCCUUUACGCGAGCGUCACUGUGGUUGAGAGCCUCAUGAUGGCUAUUGCCAGUGUUGUUCCUAAUUUCCUUAUGGGCAUCAUCAUUGGGGCUGGAAUCCAGGGGAUAUUUAUGCUUGUUUCUGGCUACUUCCGACUUCCAAAGGACAUCCCAAAACCUUUCUGGCGUUACCCGAUGUCUUACAUAAGUUUCCACUUCUGGGCUCUUCAGGGGCAGUACCAGAAUGAUCUAAUAGGCUUAGUCUUUGACAAUCAGUCACCGGAUCUUCCAAAGAUUCCAGGAGAAUAUAUAUUAGAAAAUGUUUUCCAGAUUGAUAUGCAGAGAUCAAAAUGGGUGGACCUCAGCGUUCUCUUGAGCAUGAUUAUAAUCUACAGGAUUAUCUUCUUCAUCAUGAUCAAAGUUAAUGAGGAUGUCACACCUUGGGUUCGUGGCUACAUUGCAAGACGAAGAAUGCAACAGAAAAAUGCUAGCCAAAAUACUACAGUUGCUCUUACCCAAUCACCUUCCCUGAGGAAUUAUGUCCAAAAUUAUGCUUCUGCUACUGGCAAGAGGUAG